AUGGCCAGCAUUUUGGGUGCUGGUGCUUUCAAAACGGUGCACCCAGGCUGGUUGACCCUGUUUGCCUCUCCCUCGUCUGGUCUCGGAUCUAAGGCACGCGAUGAUGUUGCAGUCAAGCAGGCUUACUACAAGGCUUACCCACCAGGCGCUAGCAGCACAUCCCUUAAGUACAAGAUCAGCCGUCAUGCUCUUCCAGAUGAGGUGAAAAGACUCGUAAAAGAGGCAAACAUUCUUUAUUGGGCUUGGUCACUUUUGCAACUCACUUAUGACUUCAUCAAUCGCUCUAUGGCUAGCGCAUCUGAACUUCCACCAUUCAACAUCCCACAGGUUUGCUUUGUGGAUGCUGGUAUCGUGUUUGCAUUUUGUCCACUGCCUGCGUCCAAAGUAGCCUCAAAGUGGUCGGCAAGCACAGCAUGUGCAGUUUAUCUUGUAGAGGAACUCAUUCCUGAAAUACAUUCACAACAUGGACACGAAUCCAUUGCUUGA